AUGUCUGCAAAAGACGCAUCAAAAACGGCAAUUGAACCAACCCUCGACGAAGCGAUCAAAAACAGACACUCAACUCGAAAAUUCCUCCCGACGCCCAUUCAGCAAGAUCUUCUCAUCACAGCCCUCCAAUUCGCCCAACUCUCACCCUCGAACUCCAAUAUCCAGCCCUGGCACCUCACUGUAGUCUCUGGCCAACGACUCAUCAAGUUGAAAGCUGCGCUGAACGCCGCUGCCACAAAGACCAACCCAAAUAUUCCUCCUCUCCCAGACACCUUCAGUCACUUCCGCACUGAACUCGGCUACCAAGUCUAUGGCGUUGGUAUGGGCAUUGCGCGCGAAGACCGCGAAUCUAGACGUGAAGCUGUAUUGCGGAACUAUGAAUUCUUCGGGGCUCCCGUAGUAGGAAUUCUGUGUAUGGACAAAAGGCUUGGGGCAGUGGAUGCAAUGGGUGUUGGGAUGUACUUGCAGACAUUGCUACUAGAGCUCACGAAGGUCGGACUUGAGACUUGUGUCGAGGUUAGCGUCGCUGGUUAUCCUGAAGUGUUGAGGAGUGAGUUGGGUAUUGGGGAUGAGUUGGACAUUUUGUGUGGUGUUGCGAUUGGGCUUGAGGAUGGGGAGUUUAGGGCGAAUGAGUUGAGGAUUGCGAGGCAGCCGAUUGAGAAAAAUGUUGUGUUUUUGGAGAAGUGA